AGUAGAUGAGUAGAUAUCAAUGUAUUUUAUCCUUGAAUUUGCUUUCAAUAUAAUUCACUUCCACAAUUACUUUUUGUUUCAUUUCAAAGACCUUAUAGAAUUUUAUAAGUGGGCUUACUUACUAGUCUGUGAAUUAAACAAAUAAAAACGAACAGUCUAUAUCAAAGAAAUAUUAAUUACGUUAGUCUCAAUGUAGACAAAAGAAUCAGUGUUUUUGUUAUUGUUUACGAGUUAAAACAUGUGAUUUUAUACGAAGCAUGUAACGUAAUAUAAAUUAGUAAUUACAAUAUAACAGUAUAGUAAUUUUUAGCUGAUUAUUUAAAAAAAAUAAAAAUGUCUAGAUGUGAUUUCAAAGUGGUGUUAUUAGGUAGCGAGCAUGUAGGGAAAACCAGUUUAGUCAUAAGAUUUGUUAAUUGCAGCUUUAAUUCUAAUACUCCGUAUCAAAAUACCAUUGGUGCAGCUUUCUGCGCUAAGAAAAUGCAUUCCAAUGAACGAGACUUCAAUGUUGGGAUAUGGGACACUGCUGGCAGUGAAAGAUAUGAAGCUAUGACGAAGACAUACUAUCGAGGGGCCCACGCUGCUAUCAUCUGCUAUGACGCGUCAUGCAUCCAUUCGUGGGACAGACUGAGACACUGGAUGCAAGAGUUAAGGGUCGUAGAAGAGGAUUGCAAAGUGUAUCUAUGUGGAACUAAAAAAGACCUACUAGACUCUGGGGCGGUCACUAGAGAAGUUCCAGAAGAUAUAGUAGCCACGUAUUCUCAAGGUCUGAACGGCCACUUCCUCACUUCCAGCAAGUCUGGCGAGAAUGUUGAGGAGCUCUUCCAAAAAAUUGUCGACGACUGCGCAGCUGAUUUGAAAGUGAUGAAACACGUCGAAGAACAUAGGCAGCAUCUAAAAACAAUAGAGGCGACGAAAACUAAACGCUAUUGUACAUGUUGACAUUAUUCGUAACAAUAUUUUAGUAC